AUGGAGAAAGGUUCUGGUGACGACAUGAUCCUCAGCUACAACGAUGUAGUCCUCAGGAGAUCAGAUUUGGACAUCCUAAACGGAUCCGAUUUUCUUAACGAUCGCGUCAUCGAGUUCUACUUGAGCUACUUAUCCACACUCCACACUUCCUCUGCUACCAUCUCACUGAUCCCUCCCUGCAUUACCUUCUGGAUCUCAAACAGCCCAGACGCCGGAUCGCUCAAAGAUUUCAUGAAACCCCUCAAGCUACGCGACAGCGACGUCCUGAUAUUCCCUGUGAACAACAACGGAAACGUCGAGCUAGCGGAAGGCGGAUCGCACUGGAGCUUGCUCGUCUACUACAAAGAUGCCAACACGUUUUUCCAUCACGAUAGCUUCAUGGGAGUGAACAGAUGGGAAGCGAAACAGCUUUCCAAGGCGAUUUCUCCGUUUGUCUCUGAUGGAGAUGGAGAUGCAGCGUACAGAGAACGCAGUGAUACACCGCAGCAGAAGAAUGGGUACGAUUGUGGUGUUUACGCUCUUGCAGUCGCUCAGGUUAUAUGCCAAUGGUUUGGCUCUGAGGGAAUGAAGAACCGGGAUGAGCUUUGGUUUACUGAUGUGAAGGAGACUGUACCGGAUUUGGUUAAGCAUUUGAGACGAGAUAUAUUGGAGCUGAUCAAGAAGUUGAUGUCUGAGAGUGAGAGUGUGCGAGCAAAUGAGAGCAUUUAG